UGUAGCCAUUGCCAUAUUGUCAAGCUCUUUCUCUCUUCUCUCUCUCUCUCUCUCUCUCGUUGGAUAGCUUCAUUGAUACGAAGAAAAAGAGAGAGUGAUGAUACUUUUGCAGUCUCACUCCAGAUAUCUUCUUCAGAUCUUGUCAAAUCGAGUUCAAAAUCUUGAGAAAGGAGUUGAACUGGAUUGCCACUGGGUUGAAUUUGAUGACGUUCGUUACCAUAUUCAGGCAUCGAUGAAAAAUCCACAUAUCCUGUUGCUAUCUGUGUCAUUACCCACGCCACCUCUAGAAACUGUUUUCGUUGGGGGGCUUCCUACUGGAGCUAUAGAAGCAAUGAAAGCUGCAUACGGUCUGGUUGUACAAAUUCUUGAUCCUCCAAGAGAUGGCUUUAAUCUCACCGUGAAACUGAAUUUGUCUAAACUUCCUCCAGAUGAAGAGUACAGAAAUACUCUUUUGGUAAAGAUUGCAUCUGUGAGGGAAGUAGUAAUGGGUGCCCCAUUAAGAGUAGUUCUAAAGCGUCUAACUUCAAGGGCUGUUGCUCAAGAUACAGAUCAGCUUGUUGCCCUUGUGCAUCGGCCUAUGGAAUCUUUUUUCCUUGCUCCCCUGGCAGAAAAGGUUACUGUGGUUUUUCCUAUGAGAUUCAAGGAUUCCACAGAUACUGUUCUUGCAACGUCAUUCCUACAGGAAUUUGUGGAAGCAAGGCGCACAGCUGGACUUAGCAAUGCCCCUCCUUGUUCAUGGUCUCCUUCUCCACCCUUAGAACUUAAGGAUGCUCCUGCUGAGGCCUUAUCUACAAAUGCUGGAUUUGUCUCCUUUGUCAUUUUCCCACGUCAUGUGGAAGGGAAAAAACUCGACAAAACUGUUUGGAAUCUAUCAACAUUUCAUGCAUAUGUUAAUUAUCAUGUGAAGUGUUCAGAAGGAUUCAUGCACACUCGGAUGAGGCGUCGUGUGGAGUCAUUAAUUCAGGCUCUGGAUCGUGCCAAACCAGAUACGGAGAAAUCAAAGAAAACAGGACAAAACAGAUCUUUCAAGCGACUGAGCCUCCAAGAAUCAAGGAGCAGAUUGAAGUCGUAAAGAUGAUAUAAUUGUAUUUAAGUGGAUCAAUAGGGAUCUGCUGGAUUUGCAAAAGAUCUGUUUGAGGCCUGAGAUGAGGCUACAAAUGCUGCGAAAUGAGAAAUACUGCUGGAUUUGCAAAAAAUCAACUGUGGAAUUGGCUCUGUUUAUGCAAAGGAAGAUCACUGGAUGCAGUUGUGCCAAGUGAUGUUAAAUGUACUUUGUUUAGAUUCUGUGUAUAAUGUGAUUUUGUUGAGCAAUUUUGGGCUCCACAAACCUUCCUAUGAUGUUAGUCUUUAUUUGUUUCCUUAAAUCUUAUUUAGGUCAUUGACAAGCAGAUGGAAUUGCCGUUAUAUAUUGAAAUGGAUACCAAGUUGAGUUAUCCAUGAAUUUGUGUUCAUCCAUCUUAUGAUAAUACAUUCUUAAUCA